AUCAGUGUUCAUGGUUGUGUGUGCAGCGCGCUAAACUAGGACUCGACCAGGUGAGUUUUCCUUGAAGAUCAAAGAAGUUUAUAUGUUUCGCCCAAAUUUUAGUGGGGGUCCUCUCAAAAUAUUGACGAGGUGGCUCAUAUUCCUUACCAUCUUCAAAGUCACUUGUGCUAUGAAAGAUCCUGAUGUAGAAGGUGAAGCUUUGCUUGACUUUUUGAAUGUUCUCAAUGAUUCCAAUCACCAAAUAAGGGACUGGGAUAUUUAUUUAGUCAGCCCGUGCUUUAGUUGGUCUCAUGUCACUUGUAGAAACGGGCAUGUGAUAUCUCUGGCCCUGGCUUCGGUUGGAUUUUCUGGAACACUUGCUCCCUCAAUUACCAAAUUGAAAUAUUUGGUUAGCUUAGAAUUGCAGAACAACAAUCUUUCAGGCUCCUUGCCUGAUUAUAUUUCCAACUUGACAUACCUACAGUAUCUAAAUCUUGCUGACAACAACUUCAAUGGUUCUAUACCAGCUAAAUGGGGUCAGCUAUCCAGUCUAAAACAUCUGGAUCUUUCAUCCAAUGGUCUAACUGGAAGUAUCCCAAUGCAACUCUUUUCAGUUCCAAUGUUUAACUUUUCACAUACGCACCUUCAUUGUGGCUCUGGCUUCGAUCAGCCUUGUGUUUCUAAAUCUGAAAAUCCAGCUUCAACCCAAAAAUCAAAACUGGCAAAAUUUGUACGUUUUGCAAGUUGUGGUGCAUUUGCACUUUUGUGUCUUGGGGCUAUCUUUAUGUAUCGAUACCAUCAAAUGGACAGGCGCAAAAAUGAAGUCUUUGUUGAUGUUUCAGGUGAAGACGAGAGUAAAAUUUCUUUUGGGCAAUUGAGAAGAUUUUCUUGGCGUGAACUCCAACUUGCCACAAAAAAUUUCAGUGAAAGCAAUGUAAUUGGGCAGGGUGGCUUUGGAAAAGUGUACAAAGGAGUGCUCUCAGAUAAUACUAAAGUUGCUGUUAAACGCCUCAGUGAUUACAAUAAUCCUGGUGGUGAAGCUGCUUUCGAGAGAGAAGUUCAACUAAUAAGUGUUGCAGUUCAUAGAAACCUCUUAAGACUAAUCGGCUUCUGUGCUACCUCAACUGAAAGAAUUCUUGUAUAUCCUUUUAUGGAAAAUCUAAGUGUAGCAUACCGAUUAAGAGAUUUAAAACCUGGGGAGAAAGGCUUGGACUGGCCAACAAGGAAACGUGUCGCUUUUGGCACAGCCCAUGGUUUGGAGUAUCUUCAUGAGCAAUGCAAUCCAAAGAUAAUACAUCGUGAUCUAAAGGCUGCAAAUAUCCUACUAGAUGAAGAGUUUGAAGCUGUUCUAGGUGAUUUUGGGCUGGCUAAGCUGGUUGAUACAAGAAUGACUCAUUUUACCACUCAAGUUCGAGGCACAAUGGGUCAUAUUGCACCAGAAUAUUUGUCCACUGGAAAAUCAUCAGAAAAAACUGAUGUUUUUGGAUAUGGCAUAACACUUCUUGAACUAGUCACUGGUCAGCGUGCUAUAGACCUCUCUAGAAUUGAAGAGGAUGAGGAUGUUCUUCUCAUUGAUCAUGUGAAAAAGCUGCUGAGAGAAAAUAGGUUGGAGGACAUUGUGGAUAGGAAUUUGGAGAGUUAUGAUCCAAAAGAAGUGGAAACCAUUCUUCAAGUUGCAUUACUUUGCACCCAAGGCUUCCCUGAGGAUCGUCCAACCAUGUCAGAGGUUGUUAAGAUGUUGCAAGGAGUGGGGUUGGCAAAUAGAUGGGCUGAUUGGAAGCAACUUGAAGAGACUAGGAAUCAAGAAUUCUCACUCAUGACUCACCAAUUUGUAUGGGGUGAAGAAUCUACUCUUGAUCAAGAAGCUAUUCAGCUUUCAAGAGCAAGAUAGACAUAGCUUGAAUCAAUUUUGAAAUGUGGGUCGUUGACUUGUUAAUUGUAUGAUAAAAUAUAUACAUAUCAAUGGAAAAAGGCAUAAGUACCUAAAAGCCUGUUCAUAUAAUGUUGGAUGUACAAAGAAGGAAAAGAAUGAGGGGAUUUGGCACAGGCAUUAAUGACAAUGUAUUCGAAAAGAGGGGAAGAUUCAGGUUGCAACAUGUGUAUCACAACUACGUGUUCCUUUUGUAACCUUAGAAAAGUCUUGAGCUUGUAACGGUUACUAUAACGUGUGUUUGGAAACAUGUUACAGUAGUUGUAAUCGUGAAUUCAAUAUAGAAGUUAUAAUUAAUAGCAUUAAAGUAAACACAUAUUUAUAAUAUUCAAAUACAU